AUGUAUGUUCAGAAUAAAAGCAGUCUUGUUGAUUUCAUGCACGGUUUCGAAAGAGCUGUAAAAGAAUACAGGAAUAAUGAGUUAAUAUCUAAUUUUAAAACGUUCUAUUAUGAUCCCGUGUUAACAACUAAAUUGGAAGGGCUGGAGCUUGAAGCUACAAAGAUUUUUACUAGGAAAAAAUUUAAGGAAGUUCAAGAUGAAAUAGAAGAUGCGAUCAAGGUAAAUGUUAUCGAACGGUCUGAGCUCGAAAAUGUUGUGAAUUUUAAGAUGAAUAAGUUUUGCAACAAAAAUUAUACAUAUAUAGUUCAUCUUGAUAGGGCACAGAGUAAAUUUUUAUGUGAUUGUAACUUGUUUGAACGGGUAGGAAUUCCAUGUUCUCACAUCAUUUGUGACAUGAGGCACGAGCACAUGAACAUAUUUCCAAAUAGUUUGAUUUGUAAAAGGUGGACCAAAUCAGCAAAAGAUGAUUACAUAUUGUCAAUGUCUUCUGAAGAAUGUGAUGAUGAGAAAAUGGUCAUGCUCCGUCGAGGGACUAUGUCUUCAGCGCUCAAUAGUUUGUGUGAUAUUUCUUGUAAACAUCCAGAUGAUUUUAAAGAGGCUAUGAAGGGGAUUUAUGGUUUGUGUGAGAAAAUAAAGAGACGUCGUGAUGAAAAUGGAAAUCAUAAGACUAAUACAAAUGUUAUUAAUGAUCCCAUUAUGACCAAGACUAAAGGUGCUCCUCGUAAGAGCAAAGGCAUUCCUCGCAAGACUAAAGGUGCUUCUCGUAAGACAAAGGGUGUCCCUCGUAAUACCUGUCACACAAAGCAUAAGUAUCAAGAUAUAGGUGAACAUGAUGCUCUACAUGAAGUUGACAAAGGCUCUGUUGCAAUAUCAAAUGUAGGGGGUGAGAAAAAGGAUUAUGGUAGUCAGGAGAAGAAAAAAGAUGUUGAUGUUGCUUGUUCAAUGAAAGAAUUUAUCAAUAAAAGAACAUUAAAACAUAUUGAAAAUGAAGACAUUGGCCAAUCAAACGAGAACAUGUCAAACAUACCUACUACUUUGGAAAAUAAUGUUCACGGGUGCGGUCUUAUAUAUGGUAUACCCUUUGUUAAAAUAGAAGGCCAAAAUGUAAUAUGGAACCAUAGUUUAGGAUAUGCUCCUAAUUAUACUCUUGGUUCUAACGGUAUUCCAGUUCAAAGUAUUCUAGUACCUACUCAAUUUCCACCAACAGUUAACUUCUCAUCAUCACACUUGAAUGCUCUUAUGUAUCCUAGACCACACAUUUUUCCUCAUAAUACAUCUUUUUUAGGUGUGCUGGAACAGGUUGAGAGUUCAGCAAAAAUGGCUUGCAAGAAAAAUGAUCCAUAUAAAUGA